AUGACAUUACAGCAAGACGAUAAUAGCGACAACAGCAGCUGCUCAUUUAUUAGCGGGGAAGGAUCAACACCUUAUUCCACUGGAGAUAAUGAUGGCUCCACAUGCGCAGUGACCAACCAGCCCUAUGGUUACGAUUUUUACAACUAUUGCCUAUCAUCUGGCUUCAGCAGCAGCAGCAACUACGACGGCGAUGAAGAUGGUAAUGACGAUGGUGAUGAUGAAGAUGAUUGUAAUACAAGCACUGCUUGCUACCCUUACCGACAAGGGGAUUCAGCACAGCAGCAUGUUUGGAGAAAUUUGACAUGUAGCAGUUCUUGUCAGCUUAUAUUGAACAAUGGAUCUCCUCCACCAAUACCUAUUCCCAUCACCAAUAUCACUACAGUAACCAACACACAUCAUCCAACAUAUGGUACCACUAGUAGCGGCAAUGCCAAUCCACAUCGCAGCCCGUUUGAUCCCAGAACCAGAAGCCCGACCUCAAUAGCGCUGAUAUCCGUCUGCUCUUUUGUUUCCUGUCUGCUAGUGAUAUGGCUGGUAAGGAUCGUAUUCUAUAAAACCAAAUACUGGCCAUGGAUCAAUCGCUAUUUAUGUUGCGGACUCUGUCAUCCACCCGUCAAGCCCUUACCCACAGCAUCACUGACAUCCACCAGCAGCAGUAGCAUGAAUGAGUCAGCACAACCUCAUAGUCGACCCCCUUCAUUCCAAUCCACUCAGCACAAUCCAAUGCAACAACACAGCAUUCAUAGUCGCAACAGCAGCUAUACAAGUCUGCCAUCGUAUCACUGUCAAGACCCUUCGCUUCCAAAAUAUGAACAAGCCAUUGUCACACAGAUUCGUGGAAUGUCAUUUUUUGAUCAUCACCCUUCUGCUGCUACAUCAGCAUCAGCAUCAUCUGGGCAACAGCCUAUUUGGAUACCUAUUUACUUGUCCUCGUCAUCCGUCCAUAAUUCAACCAUUGUGAGUUCGCCUGUAUUUAAUACGUUUUUGUCGUCCAAUUCAGACUGGGCCAGGCCUCCCAACACCAGACAUCAACCACAGAUGCAAUCCUCCUCGCAGACCUCCCUAUCAAUACAAGAGCUAAAUGAUCAGGAACAAGAGCAAGAGCAAGAGGAAAGAAGACGGCCGCAAAUACAGUAA